AUGUAUUCAGCUAGUUUUGAUAAGACUGAUUUUCCAACUUUUCAUUCUGCCAAAAAUAGAUAUGUCAUUGCUCAAGUUGUCAAUGACGUUUCUAAUAAUUUUACAUCUGCUAAUGAAGCUUUUUGGAAUAGUAUGUUUGGUAAGGGAUAUGCCUAUCCAAAGGAUGAAUAUGGUAAAAAUUUGACAACUGGCAUGUUUAUUCAACAAUUGCCACGUGACAUUUUGUCAAUGAGAAAUGAUCCUUACAGAGCUCUCUCAUAUUAUGACAGAUCUUAUGGUGGAUAUGGAAAAACUGACACUUCCAUCUAUUUUGUUGAUUUUGUUUGGGGAAAUUUCUUGAGAGAAUUUGGUGGACCUGACAUGUCAGCUCAUUUACAACCAUUUAUUGGAAUUCAAGUUAAAAAUGCACCUGUCACCAAGUCAUCAGUCACUCCAAGUGGUGCCAAGACCAAUUCCUAUACCAUGAAGGAAGAAUUCAAAGUUCAAAAGUCAUUAAUUGGAGCUGCAGUUGCAAUCUCAAAAUCUUCAGCUGCCAAAGGAUUGCCAGGUUACAUGCAAGGAACAGUUGAUCCUCCAUAUUGUUUGGCAAGUUAUCAAGUUGUUUCUUCAUCAACAACUAGUGGUGGUAGUAGUACUGGAGAUGCAAGUGAGAAGAAGAAGAAGAUUAUUUUAUUGUCUGAUAAUUUGGAAGAUGAGGAAUAUGAUGAAUAA